GAGCAAGUCUACUGGGAAUUCUCGCAGGAACUGACAGUGAGAAACGCGAUCGGUCUUCGAGGAAACACCUGCUGUCGCUGGUGAAUUUAUGGCUCUUUUGCGCUCCAAUGGCAGUUUUGGGGUACGAAAUUGAUUUCUCCCCUUACGUAAUGAAAUCGGAUCGUUGCAGCUUUCAAGUUAAAUGAUGAAUCGAUCCUACGGAGUAAAUCGCAGCUGGCUGUCAACACCUUCCUGGCAAACAUCCGAACUGGUUCCCAAGUUAAAAAAAACUCCUCAACGAAAUAAAACGACAAGAAAAAAGUUCGCUGACAGUCAGCUGUCAAAUUCCUUCGAAUAUCGGAUGUCCUUCGUCGCCGUAAUCCAACGGACCGUCAUCGCAGGAUAAGGGACAGCAUCUCUACCGUACGCUUGCCACUUCUACGAGUCGAUUGACAUCAGCGACUUGUCAGCCAGCGGCAGAACUGCAGUGAAAAAUUUCAACGAAUGAAUUACGUGUCUUCCCAACAACUCCGCAACGAAGUAACAUCGUCCAAGUUCGCCGACAGUCUUCCAAGUUCAACUGCCAUUUAUUUAUCCGAUAUUGGACAUACGAAAUCCAGCCGUCAUCGCAUGAUGGGGACCAGGAUCUGCAGGGCAGCAUUUUUACCGAUUAUUUACCCUAUCCGACGAUUGCCAGGUCAAUAGUUGCAUCCACCAAUUUCAAAAAUGGUUUUUUGGGGACUAAUUUCCAUACGAAUGGUCGCCUGACAUUGACCACUCCCUCUCACCCUUACGACGAGGUGACUGAGCACACAUCAGAACAGUCACAUCCUUGUUAAUGUAUCCGGGAGGCAAAGCCCAAGUGAACGUGAUUUGCUAAGCUGCUACUCACGACAAACAGGUUAUAUUGUGGACCUUGCGAAACUCGUUGCGACUAGUCGCUAAUUUUACUCUGUCGUUACCAAUAAAAGCACUUCCAGUUGACACGCUAUGCACAACCAUCCGUCUCUAAGCAAACGUUGUUUCUCCAAAUGGUUUGUUGCAGUUGCAACUUUCAGUUGCUCCCUGGUUGUUUUAACGAUCCAUCAGAACUCGGAGCAGCUCCAUAUAUCAACACCCCAAGAAUUGAGGAAGUUUGCGUUUAUGAAAAAUCAUAAAUGCGCAGGUACUACGAUUGAAAACAUUAUUUUCAGAUUCGCACACAAAAAUAAGUUGAACGUUGUGUUGCCAAACGGCGGGAACUACCUUUCCACAACUGAGCUUUUCAACCACUCUUCACUCGAUGCCACAAAGUGGAAGAAUGUCGAAUUCGAUAUUUUCUGUUUGCACAAUCGCUGGAAUAAGCAGGAAGUCAUGACGCUGCUACGUGAAGAUGUUCCAGCCUUCACCAUCGUGCGAGACCCUGUCCAAGGGUUUGAAUCCAUGUUUCACUUUCUAGAUCCAAAGCUUCACAAGUUUUAUGGUGUGAAAGAUAUUCACGAUAUGAUUCUCAUCAUUCAGAGUAGGUCACCGUUAACUAAUAAUCAAACGCUAAGUAGACGAAUGGAUGGUAUGAUAGGCCGAAAUCAAAUGGCCUGGGACAUGGGGCUGUCACCCGAAAACUUUGACGAUGAAAUCGUCAUCACGAAAGAAAUUGAGCGACUGGAUCGCGAGUUCGAUCUGGUGGUGGUUGCCAACAGGAUGGAAGAAUCUCUAGUCCUCUUGAAGCAUCUCCUCAACUGGCCUCUCGAAAAUGUCGUUCACCUCAACCUGAACCGAAGAAAACCGGAGAAGUCGUCCGUUCUGAGUGUUGAAGAGAGGAAGGUGCUUUCUGAUUGGCUGGUCGCUGACGUCCGGAUCUAUGAACAUUUCUCCCGUCGAUUCGAAGAAAGAGUAGCGGAAUUCAAUCGGAAACAUUCGACUAUGCCAGCGUUUCUUGCUGCCCUUUUCAAUAUGGAUAGUGCCAUGGAGAGGGAGAGGCAGUUGCUGGAAGAAGCCAAUAAGCAACUUUACGACACGUGUGUUAUUCAAGAGCUGGGUAAUGAAAAGCUGAAAGGGAUAUUCAAGGAGUACAACAACAAUAUUAUGGGGUUCGACGUCAACAGAAACCAUGAAUGGUGUGCCUUUUACGCGAUGAGUGAACCCGCUUAUUUAAAAAUAUUCCAAGAUUUACUUCUUUCCAGAGCAAUGAACCAGUAAGAAAAUAAACGGUAUGAAUUUCAAA